GGAUAAGUUGUUUAUGAUUUACACAAAUUUUCCGUAUCCGCUUUCAACAACACACAACCAACAACGACAACGAACAACAACAAUGAAGGCUCUCAUCUUGGUGGGUGGGUUUGGCACCCGCCUGCGUCCGCUGACGCUGUCGCUGCCCAAGCCCCUGGUGCCCUUUGCAAACAAGCCCAUGGUCAUGCAUCAGGUUGAGGCUCUGAAGGAGGCUGGCGUUGACCACGUCGUGCUUGCCGUCAACUACCGUGCUGAAAUCAUGGAGGACGAGAUGCGCCAGCACGCCGAACGACUUGGCAUCCAAAUCACCAUCUCUCAGGAGAAGGAGCCCUUGGGAACAGCUGGGCCGCUGAAGCUGGCUGAGUCUAUUCUGCGCGAUGGCGAGCCGUUCUUUGUGCUGAACAGCGACGUCAUCUGCAACUUUCCCUUCACGGAUCUCAUCGCCUUCCACAAGAACCACGGCUGCGAGGGAACAAUCUUGGUGACCAAGGUUGAAGAGCCAAGCAAGUAUGGCGUCGUUGUCUCCGAUCAGGAAACCGGCCGCAUCCAGCGCUUCGUCGAGAAACCACAGGUGUUUGUUGGCAACCGCAUCAACGCUGGCCUGUACAUCUUCAACCCCGAGAUUCUCGACAGAAUCGAGCUGCGCCCGACGUCAAUUGAGCAGGAAAUCUUCCCUGCCAUGGCUGCCGCCAACAACCUCUACGCCAUGGACCUCCCAGGCUUCUGGAUGGACGUUGGGCAGCCGCCAGACUACCUCAAGGGCCUGGUGCUGUACCUCAGCUCCGUUCACGCCACCGCACCGGAGACGCUCGCAGCCGCAGACAACAGCGACUACGAGAUUGUCGGGCCCUGCCUCAUUCAUCCGUCUGCCAAGAUUGGCCGCGGCUGUAAGAUUGGUCCACAUGUUGUCAUCGGACCAAACACCACCAUCGGCGCAGGAUGCCGCCUGCAGCGCUGCGCCAUCUUCGAGGGCGUUCAGGUGAAGGCGCACGCGUGGCUGCACUCGGCCAUCAUUGGCUGGCGGUCCACCGUCGGCGCAUGGGCGCGUCUUGAGGGCGUGACGGUGCUGGGUGAGGACGUGAACGUGAAGGACGAGCUCUAUCUCAACGGGGCGCGUGUGCUCCCACACAAGUCCAUCAAGGCCAGCGUGGCAGAACCAGCCAUCAUCAUGUAACCGCGCACAGUACCACGCCAGCAACCGCCCUCGUCAUGUGUUUGUGCGGCGUACUUGGCGUUGUUAGUAGCGAAUGUGCAUGAGUGAAUGUAGAUGUUUCACGCGGCUCUCUCCGUGUGUGUGCACUGUGUGUUGCAUUUGCGUUGUGUUGCAUGCUUUUACUCGUUGCCUGCUGUCUUUUCUCGCUUUCUCGAUGUUGCUGUUCGAGCAAGCAAGUGGCAGGCAGGGCGCCUGCCCCGCAAUACACACGCGCGAGCUAUGACAUACAUUCACACACGAACAACAAGCAAGCCGUUUUUGGGGGCGACAUUGAAGAGCAUUAGAAGAGGAG